CCAAGAACUGCAGCAGCUCCUCUCACCUGCACCUCCAGUUGGAAAACCAUUUGACUUCAAGGAUCACCUUGAGAGUCACCUAGAUAGGAACAUCACCCUGAAAGAGCACAGCAUUUCAAUUCCAUCUGGAGUUCCCUGUUUAUCCAUGCAGCACUUCUGCCAGGCUUGCUCAACUUUCUGCAUGUUCAAAUAGACAGUUCUUGGGGUUGAGGAAGUUGUCAUCAAAGAUCAACCACUCUCCUGGACCUUUGUGCUCUCCAGGGCAAUCUUCCUGAACAAGCAAAAGUCUGCUCUCCUGAAUUUCAUGAUUGUGAUUCUGCAGUUUGUCUUGCUCAGUUCUCUCUGUUUUUUUUUUUUAAAACCACCAUCCCAUGUUUACUGCAGGCAACACUGCCCUCAGCGCUCACUUUCCAUUCCAGUUCUUCCAAUUCAGGUGUAAUGGGUCCAGCAGAGAAUGUCCCCUAGUGUGCUCACUGAUCACUUCGGUCAAGAAAUUGUCUUCAGUGUCUUCAGUGCAGAACUCUUUUCUAUCUUGCGCACAGCUGUAUUGCACCUCCAGCAGAUAUAGGGGUGGUUCAAGUUCCCCAUGCAUAUUAAAGCCCACAAUCGUGAGGGAGGCUUCCUCUGCCUAAUCUGCUUCAAUCUCCACUUGAUUAAAGGUGUUUCCUAGUGGGUAUUCCUUCCAGUUUUUGUACAGCUUCAUCAUGCAGUAGGCAUCUCUGAGAAGAGGGGAAUUUUCAUAUUCAGCAUACACAUUGGCUUGCUUUUUGCCUGCUCAGGCUCUACUCUUUACUUACCCAUUGCAAAGGGCUGAGUUCAGGUAAUGCAGAAUUAAUAUACCACUAUUGGCUGGUCAUUCAGUGGGUGGAUUCACUUCUUUUCAGCUACCCAUUCUAGACCAUGAGAGUGAAUCAAUUUUCAAAUAUUUACUAAGGUAAAAAGUGAGUGUGGACCAGAAAAGAUAUGACAAAGACACUCAGAUCACAGCCCUUCUUGAGACCCAGACAGCUCUGUCAGCCCUGCAAUAGCAGAAGCAGCAAGAAGCCUGCAAUUGUGUGCUGGAAGAGAGGGUGAGGGAAGGGUGGCAUCAAAUAAACAUGUCUGAUCUCCUCAGCACAGUGAGCCCUGCCUGAAAGAGUGAGACACAAACAUAGCUCCACCCACACUGAGAGCCUUCAGGAAUGCUCCAUGGCCACAUACGAGGUCCAGGUGGCCACAGGUGAUGUCUUUCAGGCAAGGACAACAAAUUCCAUCAGCAUCACUCUGGUGGGAACUGAAGGGGAGAGCGCCAAGACGAAACUCAGCCACAAACUCCUGACCAACUGUGUGAAGGCCAAGAUUCAUUGUGAGCAUGACCUGGGUCCUAUCCUGCUAAUCCGCUUGUACAAGGAGCGAAUCCUCUUCGAAGAUGCCUGGUUCUGUAAUGAUGUCUGUGUGACCUCACCCCAGGGAAAGGCCUACCACUUCCCCUGCUACCAAUGGGUGGAGGAUGAGAUCCCACUGCAGCUCCGGGAAGGGACAGGUAAAACUCUCAGUGAUGAUGAGUAUGACAUCCUCAAACAACAUCGACAAUAUGAACUGGAGGAGAGACGAGCAGCAUUCCGGUGGAAGAGCUUUGCUGAGGGCUGGCCCCUGUGUUUGGAUGUGGAUUCAAUUGAGGACCUGACCUCAGAUACUAAGUUCUCCUAUAUACGGGCCAAAGACUUCCAUGGCACCCGAACAUUUCAAAUACUCAGAAUGGCUUUUAUGGGGUUUCUGAACAACCACUGCUCCUGGAAAAGCCUGGAAACUAUGGAAAAGAUAUUCUCCAAGCUAAAGGGGCGAAAUAUUGUUCCAGAGUAUGUAGCCAGCCACUGGAGCAAAGACACUUUUUUUGGCUACCAGUUUCUGAAUGGCAACAAUCCAGUUGUGAUUCAAAAGUGCAUGGAGCUGCCAGACAAAUUCCCGGUGACGCAGGAGAUGGUGGCUAGUUUCCUGGGGGCUGACACUAACCUCAGGAAGGAAAUGCAGGAGGGACAUAUAUUUAUUGCAGAUUAUGAAAUCCUUGAGGGCAUUCCCACUGGAACCAUCCAUGGGCAGCAGCAGUACAGUGCUGCUCCUCUGUGCCUCCUGCACCAGGACUCUGCUGGGCUCCUGCGCCCCAUUGCCAUCCAGCUCAGCCAGACACCUGGCCCCAAGAGUCCCAUCUUCCUGCCAAGUGACAACGAGUGGGACUGGAUCCUAGCCAAGACUUGGGUGCGCAAUGCUGAGUUUUACAUCCAUCAGAUCAUAACCCACCUGCUGAAGACACACCUCUUUGGGGAGGUCUUUGCCAUCUCCACCCUGCGGCACCUGCCCAUGUGCCAUCCUGUGUUCAAGCUCCUGAUCCCUCACUUCCGUUUCACGCUGCACAUUAACACCUUGGCUCGAAGUGUGCUCAUCAAUCCUGGCGGCACCAUAGAAAAAGGUGUUGGUGCUUCUUAUGAAGGGCUGAUGAUGAUCCUGAAAAGGGGAUUGGAGAAGGUGACCUACAUGUCUCUCUGCCUCCCUGAUGACAUCCAGGCCCGAGGAGUCUCCUCUAUUCCCAAUUAUUAUUACAGGGAUGAUGGGAUGAAGCUCUGGACAGCUAUGGCCAGCUUUGUCUCUGGCAUCAUUGAUUUCUAUUAUGCAAGUGAUGACUCUGUCCAAAGAGAUGCUGAGCUGCAGGCCUGGGUAAAGGAGAUCUUCAUGAAUGGCUUCCUGGGCAGACAGUCCUCAGGUAUCCCUUCAUCUUUAUGGAACAUCACAGAGCUCAAGAAGUUCCUCACCAUGAUAAUAUUCACAUGCUCAGCCCAGCAUGCAGCUGUCAACACUGGGCAGAGGUUCCUUGGCCAGUAUCCAGAGGAGCAUUUCACGGAGCUGGAGCCAAAACAGCUGAUCAGGGUCUUUCAGGGACGCCUCCAGGAGAUCACUGAGGAGAUUGAGGAGAGGAAUAAACUUGUGGAGCUGGCCUACAACUAUCUUAAUCCCAAGCAGAUAGAAAAUAGCAUCUCCAUCUAAUCCAGCCUGGGCACAGGGGCUGUGUCAGAGCAUCUCAGUGCCAUGCAAAGCCUCUGAUACCCAAGCCCUUCUGUGACCUCUCUCUCCUCAAAGAGAGCACUGCUUUCCUGCUGCUCUGAAGCCACCAGCUCCAGUUUGAUCUAUGACUGCCUGUGGCCUCAGGGAGAGCACAGCAGCCCUCCUCCUCUGGAAACAGUGCAACCCACCAGCGCUGCACACCCACUGCCAGCCCUCUACGUUUCCAGGCACAGCCAUCUCCACGUGAUCCCUCAGUUUCCAAACACAGCCCUGCAGCAAGGUGGAUCCUGGUUCCACUGGAGGGGAGCAGUGUCCUUUGAUUCAGCCUACAAGACUUCUGGGAAAACAAAGGCAGAGUCUGUCACUGUCCACAAGGAUCUGUACCUAAAGCCAUGAAAAGAAUCAUCAGCUACACCAGUCUGUAUUCAAAAGUCAUGGUGUCCCCUUCGUUGCCGUAGGAAUUGCUCUCUGGUUAAGAAGCUCCUUGUAGGUACAAUCGCCUGCUGCUGUGUGGUUUGAUGGGAGCUUCUGCAGAUCAGAGCAACACUGAACCAUGGCUUGAGACUUUUAUGCACCUUCUGACCGGCCUUGCUUGGCCAGGAGAAGUCACUGGCCCCACUAGGCAUGAACUGUGCUGAGCUCAUUGAGCUAGGGAGGUGCACAACCUCCAGGACCUUACAAGGCUUGCAGGGGCAUGAGGGAACAUGCAGAACAGACUUUUCUCUCUCAUUAGUUGUGCUCAAAUCUAAUGUGAGAUUCAGCUUCUUGGGCCCUGCCACAGCCUCACUGCUGAAUGCAAGGAUCAGGACUGCCCUGGCUGUGAGGGUCGUACACCUCUCCCAAAGGAAAUGGCUCAAAGAAGGAUCUUUCAGCAUUAAGUUCUGCCUUCACCUUUUCCCAUUAUCAUUUUGUUUUUACCCUAUCCUUCCAAGGUCACAACAAGAUGCGAGUCCCUUCCCUUCUCCUUACCCUGGACAAGCUCCCAUUCCCCGCACGAGGGGAAAGAUGGAAGGCAAGAAUCAUGGGGCCCCUUUUCACUCUGCUUCCAUGCAGAUACCUUUCUUGUGCUCGCUGGAACAUAGGCAAGAGGCAUCCCCCUCCUGUGUACUUGUGGUGGAUAUGAGAGGGAGCUAAUGCCACUGUAGUCUUGGGGCUUGCAGCUCAAAACUACAUGCCUUGAUUGACUCAAUUACAUCCACAACUGAAGCAGGGGUGAAUGAAUCCCUCCCUCAGCCUCUGGGGGUGUCCUGUCUAGUUACUGGAGAGGAAUAAGGGCACUUUGAAGGGGGCUCCACAUCUCCCCCUGUUUCAGAAAUUCCCUGAGAGGAUAAACCAUGAUGCUAGAACUGGUCUCCCUCCUUCCUUUAGAGAGGGAAUGUAGGGAAUCGCAGUCUGCUUCCAGGAACAUUCCCCAGGUGUUACAGGGUCUUCUAAAUGAAAAUUAAAAAACAAGCAAAGGGACAAACUGGAGCCCUCUGCUGCCACCCAUCUUCAGAAGAAUGCAGUGUAAAGUAUUGAACUGUCCUACUGCACUAUGUGUGGGCUUCAUCUGCAGUAGGACAUGUGCAUCAGCGAUGGUCACCCCUUGCUCCCGUAACAGUGCCUGGAGAGAGAAGGCAGAUGGCAGGCGAUGUGAAAACAGGGUCUAUCACAUAGUAAAGAAUACUUCUAGAAUGGCUUGGGCCACCCUUUGCUUCACAUGCCUGACUGUGUCCCUCAUCAAAAAAACUUUCGUCAGAGUAUUGCAGUCAUCAUCCAAACAUCAUCAUGUUCACUUUCAAGUAGCAACGUUUUUUUUUCUUUUUUUUCAUCUUGCUUAUGGCAGAACAUCUGGGGUGCCUGAUGCUCUUUUGCUCAUCAUGGUUUUCACUUGAGCUUGCUGCCUUUCAGGCGCCAUCAGCCCUGGAGCUCUGGGGGCAUUUCCAGGGAUCACAGGUGGCAGAGAGAGUCAUGCCAUCCACUGGGUGUCUCUUCCUGGGCUGAACUAGGCUCCUGUGACUGAUGAAGUACAUGAAAACCUGACAGGUUCUCCAGAGAGGCAGUCCUCUCCAGAAGCAGCUCUUCUGCAAAGUGCAAGAGGCAUCAGCACCUUGUCUGCAGGCAAAAGACAGGUCAAAUGAGACAGAGACCUAUUAUAGGCAGUCUGGAGUGGGAAGCCAGAGGAGAGCUCAUCUGGGGAGAUAUUGUCAUAGCCCUUAAUCCAGUAAGUCUCUGGCUGUGGUGCAAUGCAGCUUAGGUUACCAGAGAGGGGGAUUUUAAAGCUAGCACAUCCCGUGACUGGUGGGACGUUUCAGGAUUGCGCUUGGCUUUUCCUCAGGUGUAAAGGAGGUGGUGCUCCAGAGCAGAGGUUCCUUGUCAUACCCCAGUAAGAGAGAAAGGUCAUCACUGCUGUCUUCUCCAGGGGAAGGAUGCAGUGGUGUGAAGCCAGGGGAUGCACACAUGUCUUUGCAGGGCUGUAACUCAGAAGAGAGUCCCAGUGCUGCAGGGAUACUGUGUGCCUGGGGCAGUGACACAGCUGCCUGUGAGGGUCAGUACUCAGCCAGCUUGGGGAGCUCCCCACUAUGCUGCAGG